AUGUUUGGCGCACCCGAGGGUCUUGUCUGGAUGACCAAAGGUGCCGUUGGCGCAUGGUACCAAGACGAAAGCAUCUCUCCGGGAGUUGAUCGACAGCAACUAAAAAAGGAGCAGGAGCAGCUCUUUUACCAGAAAUCCUCCCUCGAUCUCGCCGCGAAAGGGAAGCGGACGAGCCCGCCGGCGAAGAAGCAUCCUCGUACCGAGUAUGCUGUCGGCGGUGCCACCGCAAGCUACGACAAGAUCAGUCAUGACGGCGAGCUCUUUGACAAGCAGGGUAUCGAGGCGUACUUGCAUCGCUAUAUCCGGCUGCCGUUCGCGCGGCCGUUUGACUCCCUACUGGUUCCGCAACCGGAGCGAGAUCUCCUCCCGGCGCAGGUGGAAAAGGCUGGGUUGGAGAUUAUGCCCGAGCGCAGCAUAAUCGACGGAGUGCUACACCCAGUGCUUCAAAAUACCACACGAUUCAAGAAAAAGAUUCACGGGAAGAAAGGAAAGAAUACGGACGGGGAGGCGUCUGAGGAGCGGCUUUUUGAGCACGCUACCACAAACCCUGCGACAAAGCAGGCUAAACAAGCCCUUGCCAAGUGGCUUCACGACUGCAGUGGGAAGGAUUCAAAAGAGGAGCUGGAACGGGCAAAGCAGCUGGACGCUGUCGCGCAGAAGCACAGGAUCGAUCGCAAUCCGAAAUCCUACCCGGCUGAUAUUGACCGCGAUGAUCUGGCUCGGGAUGCUACACAUCCCUUUCCGCAAGCGCUGAAGGGAUGGUUAAUGAAAUCCAAGAAGGCCAACGCUACAGUGCUCAACGACCUGGUGGUGGAUGGAUGGGUGGCCAAGAUACUCUUGAAACCAGCAUUCAGGGAGAUGACAAUCAAGAAGAUGGUUGAACAGUCCGCGUCGGAGAGGGAGGAGUUCAUCACUCCCCUCGUAAAGAGCUCGCAGACGCAUACAGAUUGCAAUACUCGCUCGCCUACACGUCAGAUGGCGAAGCUCCGGCAGAUGCUCUACCCCGAUCGGAAAAAGGCUCUGGAGACAACGGACGAGUUUCUAGGGAUGCCCUUGUUUACCCCGUGGACGCACGAGGACAGACUCACGUUACUGUCAUCGCCUGGAGGUCAACCAGAUUGCGAACUCUGGGGACACUUCGACUUCACCGCCGAGCCGGAGCUGGGCCUAGGUAUGAAACAGCCAGAGGUAACAAUCCGAAUCGAUGUCCGAGAGUUGAUGUGUUGCCUCGCUCUUCCGCAGGAGUUGGCCAGGAGAGCCGGUGACAAAGAAGUGGGCUUUCCGAAUGUCUCGGGGGGCGACAGCGUGCCUGCAGGGCUUCCCAUUGACUUCUACAGCAGGAACCUCGUUCUAGCCUUUGCAGCGCAUUCACGACCAAGCUCCAUCACCUACCCGGGCAUCAUCCAGAGCCAGCUCGGCCUGACAAUGACCUACCUCCCGGCUCCAACGCCGCUGGAGAAGCAAAUUGCCUUAUUUAUGGUACAGAUUUUGUCAGUGGCUGCGGACCUGAUCCCGGUCGUUGGGCCGCUCGUCGGCUUCGCCAUUUACAUUGGUGGGAAUACCAUCAUUGAUGCCGCUUGGAUCAACCAGUUUGAGGACUCGACGCCUCCGGUUUUUGCGUUGCUGUACUCUCAGAAAGGCAACAUUACAAAGCAUACAUUGCGCAAGGGCUAA